AUGUCUCGAGAUUCUGAAACGAACGAAAUGUCCAGGUUUGACCGGUUCAUUCGGGAAAUCGGAUGGCACUCGCUCGUGAACUCUUCAUGUGACAUCAAGAUCCUCAUUGCACAAAAAGUGCUGCGGAUGAUCGCCUACGGUCAGAGUACUUUGAUUCUGGUGCAGUUUUUCCGUGAAAUACACGUGUCCGACGUUGGUCUCGGGUACUUUAUGACCCUGACUCUGCUUGGAGAUGUAAUCAUUAGCUACUUUUUGACAUUGUACGCCGACCAGCUUGGACGGCGCCUUGUGCUCCUCCUUGGUUCGUUUCUCAUGAUGGUCAGCGGCAUAGUUUUUGUAUUUUCCGACCACUUUGUAGUGCUGUUGAUAGCAGCCAUCGUCGGUGUAAUUAGCCCUUCUGGAGACGAGACGGGUCCCUUCAAGUCCAUUGAGGAGUCUGUAGUAGCCCAUCUCACUCCAGCCAAAGAGCUCUCCGACAUCUACGCCUGGUAUGGGCUGUUUGGCACGGUCGGAAGUGCACUUGGAAGCGUUUCUGCGGGCAUCAUGAUUGAUGGACUUGUUGCAAACUUCGGAUGGACGCAGUUGAAGGUGUAUCGGUUCAUGUUUGCCCAGUACGCUCUGCUGGCAUUUUUGAAACUGAUGCUCAACUGGUUUCUCACAGAUAAGUGUGAGAUCGACCCAGAUAACAAUGACAAUGAAGAACACGAAGCUGGUCUUCUUUUCGAUACCCACGAUCAUUAUCACCAACUCGAACACGAAGCUGAUCAACUCCAUGGUUCCAAAUUCUCCAUCUGGGGAACACCUCUCAGUCCCAGGAGCACAUCAGUUGUGUGGAAACUAUGCAUUCUUUUUGCUCUGGAUUCAAUGGGCUACGGCUUCAUGCCCAUCUCGUGGGUGGUGACCUAUUUUUUCGACCGAUGGAAGGCAAGCGAAGUCACUGUCGGCACCCUCUUCUUCUUCACCAGCGUGCUCAACGCUCUUUCCUCUCUGGCAUCUUCGUCCAUGUACAAACGUCUGGGACCGAUCUUUGCCAUUGUGGCUACCCAUUUCCCCUCUGCAAUGGCCAUGUCCUUCAUCCCCCUGGCCCCUACCAUGGGAAUUGCGAUGGGCCUUCUUCUCUUCAGAGCAUCCACUGCUGUCAUGGACGUAGUUCCCAGACAAGCGUUUCUGUCCCAUGUGGUCUCGUCCUCUGAGCGAACCAAGGUUAUGGGCAUUGUCAACGUGGUCAAGACUCUGGCCCGAUCUGUGGGUCCCAUCUUCACUGGAAUGUUUGCCCAGCGAGAUAUUCUCGGCUUUGCGUUCUUGAUCACGGGCCUCUUGGAAGCUGCCCAUGACCUGGGAAUGCUCGGACUCUUCUGGAAGUAUAACCGGAUCAUUGAGCAUUAA